AUGUCUUCAGGUUUGUCGUUGAUUCGAGCACUCGAUGAGUCGGAUGUGGACGAAGCCGCUCGUAUACUUGACAAGAACCCGGACGAGAUUGCAUUAAGAGAUAACGAAGAUCGAGUGGCACUUCAUUAUGCAGCUGAAACAGCUGACUCGAAAACCUUCAGACGGAUACUGCUGCUCGAUACUUCAUUUGUUGACUGUCAAGACCAAAAUGGUUACACGCCACUACUGAUAGCUUCAAUGAGUGGGAACGUAGAAGCGAUUGAGAUCCUGCUGGAAUUUGGUGCACAGAUCAAUCACAUUGAUAAAGAAAAGCAUUCGUGUGUGCAUUGGGCUGUUGUUUGUGGUCAGUUGGAUGCGCUAAUUCUAUUGCUCGAGAAAGGCGCUAACGUGAACGCUUCCGAUAAUCAGGGCGCUCAACCGUUGCAUUAUGCUACAAUAACUGAGGACGUUACACCGGAACGGAGUGAAGCUAUUCUGCAUGUUCUGCUCAAGAAUGGAGCGCAAGUAAACGGCAAGGAUCUUGAUGAACGAACACCAAUCCUUUGGGCGGCGAGCAAUGGAAACCUAGAAGCAAUGAUAAGCCUGAUUCAAGCCGGUGGUGACCGGAACGCUGUUGACCGAGAUCGGUUGAAUGCGAUGCAUUGUGCGGCAAGUCAUGGUCAUGAGCAUGUUCUAUCGCAUUUGAUUGAAACAUCCGAUCAGUCGAUAAUCGAUGCAACUGAUCGAAACGGUGAUACACCGCUCUUCUAUUCGGUCACUCUUGGUCAUUUUGAAUGCACUCGAUUGCUGCUGAACAGUGGAGCAGAUGCUAAUCAUCAGGAUUCACGUUUUCGCACGCCGAGUCAUUGCGCUGCUGCAAAAGGUCAGCUCCGAAUGCUGAAACUUCUCAAGCACUAUGGAGCCAGUUUCGAGAUUCAGAACCGUCGUGGUGAUAUUCCACUGCAUGAAGCAAUUCAAGCUGGAAGUAAAGAUGUCGUCGAAUGGCUCAUAGCUUUGCAUCCAUCAUCGGUCAAUUCUGCAAACUAUGAAGGUCGCACAGGGCUUCAUCUUGCUGCCGCAGCCGGCAGUAUGGAAAUUGUCGUUAUUUUAUGCACCAAAAACGCUGAUAUUAAUCCGAUCAUGCUCUAUAAGGGUUCUUUGUAUACUCCGUUGGAUUUGGCAAAGAAGCGAAAUCAUGAGCUUGUUGUUGAAUAUUUGACGAGGCGACACUCAGCGAAGAGUGCUGAGCAAAUUCCAGAGGAAUCUCAAAAAGACUGGAUGGCUCGAUUGGAGGAACAAAUUGAGAAGGCUGCUGAAAACCAUGAUCUCGGCCGUAUGCGUAAUGAAGAGUUUGAUCGCAAUUUUGGAUCAAGCACAAAACCUAGACGCCGCCGAUCGCAUGACGAUAUUAUGACACAAGAAACGCAGACGGCUUCCCCGGAAAGCAAACCCGUUGCCACCAACACAUCCAGAUGCUCAAGCCGGCGUCCAAGCAGUGCCUCGCCUCGUCCGCUUUUACCGAAAGCAACCAGCACCACCGAUUUGUUGGGCAGUCAAAAGGGCAUUGGUUUAGGAGAGACACAGGCUGAACGCGAUGCAAUGAAUCAACAAAUUCAACGAAUUGUUGAAGAAAUUCAACGGACUGCAAUUGCUAACGAAGAGCAGAUCCGACAGCAAAACGCAGAGCAACGCAACAACGAUAGCCAAACGCCCAGCGAAACGGAUGUCGAGAGUGUAAUUGCACGCGUGAAGGAAGAAGAACCAAGUGAAAAAGACAGAAAAUCGAAACGUGAAAAUUCAAGGAAAACGAAGAGUCGCAGUACUCGUGAACUUCACACAGACACAACGGAUUCGAAAGAAAACGUUAGUCCGUCCAGGGGUACAACGAAAAAGUUGAAGAAAAAAUGUCAGUCAUUGAGUGCGAACACUAACGGCGGUGAUGAAAACGCGAGUCGAAAAGUGUCUACAGAAGACGAUAAAACUUCAGAAGGCCAAGCAGCUGAAAAUAAUGAGGCGUCGGANUGCGAUACUCGUUUGGAGGAUGCACAGCAACUCGGCGAAUCUUUCGGAGUUCUCUAUUCAACUACCGAUGAAAGCGGUACGGAUUCGGUGGCAUUCGAGGAGUUACGUCAAAAGACGCGCAAAACGUUACGUGAUAGCUCAGCCGUUCCAAAGCACCGCAACAAUUGCGAUGAAAACAACGUCAUUCAUCGUGUCAAAGUCAAAACAAAAGUGAAUGGGACGGCAAUUUCAGGCAAGCAAAUGAGUAAACGUUAUCUACACGAGAAGGCAAUAUUUCAAGAGUUGACGCAUCUGAAAAAGAUGCAGAUUCAAUACGGCAAAGUUAAUGAACGUGUUUUGGUGCGCUCAUUAAUCGGAAAUUUCUGCAAAAUGCACGAUCUGAAUCCGGCUCAUUUCAAAUUUCAAACUUUUUACGCUUGGGAGAAAUUCCUCUAUGGUGAGCGGUUUUCUACGACCAUAAACAAUCAGUUGAAGCUGAUCUAUAUAGAGGAGAGAGAACGUCUGCGUAACUCAAGACCACCACCGAGCACAAGAUUCGAAUCGAGAUUGCGGCAUGCACGUGCGAUACCGAUAAACAUGCGUGCCAGUGAGGUGACAGCACUCAGCGAUGAUCGCAGUAACUCGUCGAAGAGUUUCACUAAAUCGAUGACGUCAAGCGCGACUGAUAAACGCACAUCAUCCAAAUAUGCACGAGGAUUACAUCGUGGCAGUGAAAAUGUUGGCAGUAGACGCUGUGAAUGCUUAGGAAAUCAUAUCUUGAUUAAGUAG